CCUACAGACGCCUGCACACUUUUCCUCCCUCUCUCUCUCUCUCUCUGUCCUACAUAGAAGAAAUGCAACAGAGCUUGAUCUGCCACUCUCACGCGCUUUCUUGAUCCUUAAGUUUUUUCUAGCACUUGGUGAAUUCAGUCGUUGUGUGAUAUGGCCAUGUCCGUUUCUGUCCAGAGUCUGGGGCUCGUCUUACUCGCAGCAGUCCUCCUCCAGACCAUCGCGGUCGCCGUCAGUUUUAUGUACUUCAACAAAGUCCUGAACACGAUGCAGGAGAGUUUUUCCAGGAGCAGCAUGUCCUGUCUUGUAAACCCAAAUCUGAACUUCCUGGACGCGGCAGAAAAGAAGAGCGACCCCUGCUGGCAGGUCACGCAACAGGUCCACUACUACUUAAAGAAGAAGAUUGCUGAGGGAUUCCAGACACCUACUCCCAAGAGAAGGGUCUCUCUUCCCAAAGUUGGUGCACAUGUGACCGGUGUUGUCUCAUCAGUAGAGCCUCCAAAUUCAGAGAGUUUACGGAGCAGCAAGGGGUACCUGGGAGAGCGCAUCAGAGAGUGGGAAGGCCAGAGAGGCCUGUCCUUCUUGCAGAACAUAGAGCUGAGAGGAGGAGAGCUGCUGGUGCCCAGAGCAGGCCUCUACUACAUCUACGCCCAGACCUACUUCAAACUCCCCUCCAUGGGGGAGAUGGACGGGGAAACAAGAGAGGAGCAAGGAGCUCAGCUUGCCCAGUAUAUCUACAAGAAGAUGAGUUCCUACACGGCACCUAUCUUACUGAUGAAAUCGUUUAGGAGUGUCUGCUGGCCUCGGGGUCAGGAGCCUGGCCUCUUCUCUCUGCAUCAGGCUGGCACUGCCUUUCUACAGCCUGCAGAUCGCCUCUUCAUUACUGUUAGCAAUGCUAGUGUCAUAGAGAUGGACGGUAGGGCAAACUACUUUGGGGCCUUCCUCGUGAGCUAAAAAUAAG